AUGGAAACGUCUCAGCAAGAUCCUGUGGCAACUGUCCCCCACGACGGUGCAUCAACCAGUCCUCGACCUCGUCCGACCUCUUGGGGCUCCCAGAAGUCACGGCCCGGCUCCAUGGCAAGUCUGGGUCUGUCGAGCCUCCAUUCGCCGUCAUCUCCUCUACUUGGUGACAAGUUUGAGAGCAUGUUUCGACCCAUUUCCGGCUCACACAGGCUGAGCAAGAUCCCUGAUGUCGAGGUUGCGGCCACGGCUGCGAGUGACGAUGACACGCCUCCCUCCGCAGCAAACGAGAAACCUCAACGCUACUCCCAAUGUAUCGAGAGCUUUCCUGCAGAACCUGAGAAACUUUCGGCUCUACCUCCCAAUUUUUGGUAUUUCCUCCUCGACAUUGUCUUGACCGCCCUGCCUCUGGUGUUUAUCGUCUACGGUGUGCUGGCUGCAUGUCUGCAUGGGCGGCCGACUGCAUCCUUCUACUUUGGCGACGAUGGCUACAACUGGUCAGGUGAAUUGUACGGCCCGGCAAUGCUCAUCGUGCAGAACUACAUCCCCACAUUCUUCCCCAUGGCAUUCGGUGUGACUGUUGCGCGGCUGAUCCAAGCAUUCGCUCUGUGGCGGGCUCAGACCGGGACUCAUCUCGGUUUCAUCGAACAACUGAUGGGAAGCACCUCUUUGGGCGGCACCGUCGCAUCUUUGUGGGGCCUUUCCAUCAUCAAUUGGGUCGGGGUGGUUCUUCUGGCCAUUUGGGCACUGGGCCCUGUAGGAUCUCAGGCCGGUCUCAGGAUCAUCAGCGCCAACGGCACCUAUGUCGACACCACCACGGUCAACUACAUGAACACCAGCGCCAUUCCUACAGGACUGCAAACGGAGAACGACGAACUCCAAUUCUAUACGUAUGCCGUCAACGCCAUCUACAGCACACUGAUCCUUACGCCGGGGGCCAUGGCGGGGCCUCAGGACCCCUGGAGCAACGUCAAAAUCCCGUCGCUCGAAUGGCUCGAGCGCAACAAUGGUUGUGACGCGGGCGGUUGGUGCUCCCGUGCUCUGCUCGACAAGAAUACGUUGAACAACACUUUGGUUACUGCCGGGACGUGGACCUCACUCAGUGGUCUGCCGGUUGUCGGCGGCGAAUAUGGCGUGGGAUUCCAAAACUUCACCCUGUCGGCCAGUUAUUGGGUGCUCAACUGUAGCUCUUUGGACUACAUCGAUCGCGCGGAGCGGUUCAACUCGUCGAUCCCUGGCAGAGGUAGCUACGACACGGACAAUUCGUCUUCGAUCUGGGACAGCGGCAAUGCAGAUCAUCCCAGCACGUUUUUUAUCGACACCACGACACCUUUAGCAGGCGUUGGACUGGCCGAAGGGGAUGCUCGUUCUGGCGGGUCAGGAUCAGGAUCAGACAUCUCACCGCGGACCAUCCUAUUUGGAUCGCGAGCUCCCAACAACGGGACGUCAAUGGCAACAUGCACGGCCGCCAUGUCAUAUGUGCUAGCCGAAGUGAACUGCAACUUCACCGCGCCGCUCUGGAACAUUGACAAAACGGCAUCUGGACGCACGUCCGCUGGAGCGUGCUACGUCGAUCGAGUGCGUCGAGACCCAGCACACGUCGAGUUGGACCCAUACACACCCCUCGACGCGACGUACCGGAUCGCACAGCGAUUUUUUGGGCAGUGGCCCCUGGCGACAGGGACGAUUCCCUCCGGCACAUCAUCCCCGACCGAACGGUUCAUCAAUGAUAUCAGCUCCGAGUCUGCGUCAGGCAGUACCAAUUCCAUCCUCGUGGCCACGGACUGGCUGGGGUUCAACAGUUCCGACCACGACAACGACGGCGGCACGUCGUACGUCAACGUGGCCGACAUGGACCUGCGCACAUUCACCGAGCGGUUCUCGCUCCUGUUCAAUACGUACUGGCACUCGUUUUGCAAUUUACAGGCCAUGACGCAGUCGGAAAUCGGACUCGGCUUCGGAUCCAUGUUUCCCCCCAACGUCAUGUUUCGAUCUGUCGAUGCCCAAAUGUCCAUUGCGGGCCAGCACUUUGUCGUCAAUUUCGCCUGGCUGGCUGUAUACUUGGUUUGCUGUCUGGUGGCCCUUGUGGCGGGAGUCCUCGCCCUGGUCUUGCAGUAUCGCACCCUCGUGCCUGAUGUUCUGGGUACGGUCAGUAUGUUGGUGAAAGAGAAUCCGUAUACUCCUGUCCCGGAAGGUGGGUCUGCUCUUGAUGGUCAUGAAUAUUCCCGCAAGGUUAUGAAUAUGCCGGUCAUGUUGUGUGAUGUCAAACCUGGUGAACCGGUCGGACAUAUUGCUCUGACUAGUUUGGAUCUGGCGGAGGGAGAUGGGAAUGGGAAUAAUAUUGCGCCUGUGAGAAAGGAUCGGUUGUACCAGUGA